CACCCCUCCGGUACAGCCACAGUGCCGGGGUCCCUGCCAACUCGGUUUGAAAAGAGCAGACAAAGGCUUUGAGCCCAGGACGCCCCUCUCUCUCUCUCACUCUGCCUACAAAGCCAAUCUUGCUCUAUCUUCGCUGCUUUUUCUACCAUGGAGCUGCUGUUUGACAGGCGGCGUUAACAGUCUCGCUUUUUACUUUAUAAAUUCUGAAAUGUACGACCGUCUGGAUCCCCGCUUGGCCGAGAGAGGAAGGCUUUUUGUAGGUAUAAUACAAGGAAGCGUCGUCUGAGAGAGGGAGAGAGAGGGGGAAGGAUUGACGCUUUUUCCUCCUCUCCUCCUCCUUCUUCCUUUUCGCCCCCUCUCCUCCUCUUUUUGGCGGAGAGAGGGGCUGAGGCAGGAAUAAACGUUUUUUUUUUGUUUUUUUCCUCUUCCUUUUUCUUUUUUAAUACAUUUGAAUCCUACUGCGCAACCAGACCGGAUCACGUGGCAUUGGAGAGAGUUGGAUCGAUUUUGCACAGUUCAGUGUGAGAAAAAAAGAGAGAGAAACACACAACUCCUAUUUCUUUUGCACUUCUGUGGAUAACUGGGACUGUUGAUACUUUGGCAUAAUUGCAAGAGAAGGGGGUGUUUGAGUGGGCUCCUUUUUUCAGCCUUGGAGGUGUGGAGUAUUAAUUCUUAUAUGCCUGGGUUUUGAAAAACAAUGGAGACGCACAUUUCGUGCCUCUUCCCGGAAAUUUUGGCCAUGAUUUUCAGCUAUCUGGACGUGAGGGACAAAGGCAGGGUUGCCCAAGUGUGUAUUGCUUGGAGGGACGCAUCCUACCACAAAUCAGUGUGGAGGGGGGUGGAGGCCAAGCUGCAUCUCCGCCGGGCCAAUCCUUCCCUGUUCCCCAGCCUCCAGGCCAGGGGCAUCCGGAGGGUCCAGAUCCUGUCUCUGCGCCGCAGCCUCAGCUAUGUCAUCCAGGGAAUGCCUAACAUCGAGUCCCUCAACCUGUCCGGCUGCUACAACCUCACGGAUAACGGGCUGGGCCAUGCAUUUGUGCAGGAGAUCCCAUCACUUAGGGUUUUGAACCUGAGUCUGUGCAAGCAGAUCACAGACUCCAGUCUAGGCAGGAUCGCCCAGUACCUGAAGAACUUGGAGGUGCUGGAGCUUGGAGGCUGCAGCAACAUCACCAACACUGGGCUUCUGUUGAUAGCCUGGGGCCUCCACAGGCUCAAGAGCCUCAAUCUGAGGUCCUGCAGGCAUGUCUCGGAUGUGGGGAUUGGACAUUUGGCGGGCAUGACCCGCAGCGCAGCAGAGGGCUGCUUGAACCUAGAAUACCUGACUCUCCAGGACUGUCAGAAACUCACGGACCUGUCACUCAAACACAUUUCCAAGGGGCUGACCAAGCUGCGGGUGCUGAACCUGAGCUUCUGCGGGGGGAUCUCGGACGCCGGGAUGAUCCACCUCUCCCACAUGACCUCCCUGUGGAGCCUCAACCUGCGCUCCUGUGACAACAUCAGCGACACAGGGACCAUGCACCUCGCCAUGGGCACCCUGAGGCUGUCUGGGCUCGACGUGUCCUUCUGUGACAAGAUCGGGGACCAGACCCUGGCGUACAUCGCUCAGGGGCUGUACCAGCUCAAGUCGCUGUCGCUGUGCUCGUGCCACAUCUCCGACGACGGGAUCAACCGGAUGGUGAGGCAGAUGCACGAGCUGAGGACCCUGAACAUUGGACAGUGCGUGCGCAUCACGGACAAAGGGCUGGAGCUCAUAGCGGACCACCUGACCCAGCUGGCGGGCAUCGACCUGUAUGGAUGUACCAAGAUCACCAAGAGGGGACUGGAGAGGAUCACACAGCUCCCCUGCCUUAAAGUGUUGAACCUGGGACUCUGGCAGAUGACAGAGAGUGAGAAAGUGAGGUGAUUGGAGAUGUUUGGAGGUUUGUGUGUGUGUGUGUGUGUAUGUAUGUGUUCGUUUUCUUUUUUGGAUGAGGGACAUGAGGGGGGGGGGGAGAAGGAGGUGAAUGGGCGGGGAAAUUUCUUUUCUUAUUUUAAAAAGAGAGAAAUCCUCCUCUUUUCCCCUCCUGUGUAAGGUGUGCUUCUCCCAUGUGACCAGAAUCUUCUGUUCAUUUUUCAUUUUGUUUCCGUUGGCCUUGCAGGAUUUCAAAUUAGUGUUUGGUAUCACUUAAUAUUCUGCCUGGUAGAAAGCAAUUAAAACUUACUUUUUUUUACAAGCUCAUGAAAAAUCCCUGUUAACACAUCUCAUAUUGAGUUUUAAUAUCUCGUAAAACAAAUUUUUACACUUCGGACUGGAGUGACUUCCACAAUCCGCUUGUUUUCUCUCGACAGGAUAAUCAUUUCCUGACACUUGCUUGCAGUAAAUUCUGUAAGUGUUAUCCAUCCCUUUUUUAUUUCAAAAAGCAAAGAAAGGUUUUACAAAGUUGAGACAUUUAUUUUUGCAGUGAGUCUGGAUUUCAAACAUUUAAUCUCCGCUACAGCCAUCACGCCUAAAAACCAUUUGGCUACCUCGUAUGUGGUUAUUUUCAAAGGGUGUAUACUGUUAAAAAAAGAAAGAGAAGGAAUGAGAGACUGGGAGAAAAUGUGCCUAAAGGGACUGUGUCUGCCCCCUCCCCCAUAUCUCUCCCCCAUCCCUCCCUCCCUUCCUCCCCUCUUCCAUGAGCAGAGAAAGGAGACCAGGACACAAUCUAACUACCUUUGUUAAUUUACCCCCAUAAACAGCAACAAUUUCCCAGAGAGAGAGAGAGAGAAAGGGAAAGUGAGCUGUAAAAAAAAUUGCAAGAGGACGCCGCUUUAUGCAAAAUACAUGUGCAAGAGCUUUUUUGUUUCCUUCGUUUUUUUAAGGAUAAAGUCCAACUCCAACACCCAGUUUGCUUUGACCAAUAAAAAGAAGCCCAAGCAGAAAUACCUACAGUGAUUCUAUAAUGAUAAAGCAAACGUGGGGAAAGAUGCUAAACACAACGUAUGUCCUUAUAGGAUUAUUAGGUAUUUUUUGUCAGGGGGGGGAGCAGGUGGAGAUAGAUGUCAGUGAAUGUCGCUCAGAGCGUCGUACUUCAAAUUGAAGUGAUUUCUAUAUUUUAACCUUUUAUCGAUCGAAUCAGGGUUUUGUCUCACGGUUUUUUAUUUUCCCACGUUAAUACCAACACAUUCAUAUUCAUGUGGCUCUCACCGGUGUGGAGUAGCGCGAGAGAGAGAGAGAGGAGGGCAGGGAUGUCUUUUUUUUCCUCCUCUUUUUUUUUCUCCAUCUUCUCUCUGAAUAAAAAUACCCCGAAUCCAUUUUGAGACAUGCUUAGAAUAAGGAGCAAUCGAUUAUUUUUCUUUCUCUCUCCUCCGUCUCGGGUUUCAAGCGGUAUGCGUCUCUUUUCUCGCCCUCUCUCUCCCCACCUCUCUCUCUCUCUUUCUUACACACACACACACACACACACACACACGCAUUUAGGCUGUACACACAUGCACACGCGUGUGCAUGCCGACGCUGGCGUGUGCGCGGUUUUUAAUGUAAUGCAAUGACCUGCUAGAAAAAUUAAUAUACGGAUGUGCGUCCUGCUGAAAAAGCUGUGUGUGUUUGAAAAUAAAAAAGAUGUACUGUAUAUUAUGUGUUUGUAAAGAGAAAAAAAUGCAGAAUCCCAAAAUUAAAUUGUUUUAUAUUCUUACGGUUAAAACAAUUAAAGAUAUUUAUAUAAUGAAUGAAAAGA